AUGGGUGACCGAACAGACAUUGAGAAGCUACAAGAAAUGGUGAAGCUGCUAAUGGAUGAGAGAGAUGCGGAAAGGGCAGCCCGCGAGGCUUUGGAGAAGAAGAAUCAGGAAAUACAACCCGUGAUGAACAUGUUCAAUCAUGGGAAUAUGUUUACUUUACCCGAAGGACCUCGUAUUGACGCUAACAAUUUCGAGUUACGCAUGCCCCUUAUUCAAAGGGUCGAGCAAACUCCUUUUGCAGGUAGGGCUACAGAGGAUGCCAAUCGCCAUCUCUCUAAAUUUGUGGAGAUCUCAAACACUCUCAAGUUAAACGGUGUCGAUGACGAUGCCAUAAGGGUAAGACUCUUCCCCUUUUCAUUAACUGAUUCUGCUAAAGAGUGGUUUGAAUGCAUGCCCAGAGAAAAGGUCUCCACAUGGAAGGACAUUGUAGCUGCCUUCCUCGACAAGUACUAUCCGCCGGGCACAAUCUUGAAGCUCAAAAGCGAGAUCUUCCAGUUCAUCCAAGGUCAUGACGAGCCCCUCUACGAGGCGUUUGCUCGUUUCAAAGCUCUUCUCCGAAAGUGCCCCAACCAUGGUUUCACCGUGGAUCAUCAGGUAGGAAUCCUCUAUAAUGGGUUUAACGAGAAGAUUUGUGCUAUGCUUGAUUCAGGUGCAAAUGGAGGAUUCUUAAGGAAGUCAGGUGAAGAAGCCAUGGCGGUAAUAGAGGAAUUCGCCACCAACAGCAGGGGGUGGUCGAAAGAAAGGCAUAACAUGAAGAGGAUAGCUGCAAUUGAAGAGGCAGAGGAAAAUUCUUUUGCGAAGGAAUUGGUCGAGCUCAGAGUUAGGGUGGACCAAAUGGAUACAUCAAGGAAGGAGGAUCCGAUUCCACCAACCUCCAUCAUAGCGGUCUCUAAACCCGAAACUCCUGCCCCGAUAGUGGAGGAAAUCAACUACAUGCAAGGAGGCGGUUCCAACAGAAAUUACAACAACAAUUAUCGCCCUAAUCAGGGGGGCGGUAAUUUCAAUAACUAUAAUGGAAACCGACCUCAUCCAAAUCUCUCUUAUUCUAACAAUAAUUACUUGCAACCCCCCGCAGGAUUUAAUGUUAGCAAGGGAGGAGUAGUUGAGACAACCAAGAAGGAGGAAAAGUAUGACCAAGGGAUCACAAGGAUCUUGGAAGUAAUCACGCAAGACAGGAAGGUUAAUGACACCAAGAUCGGAGUGGUUGAAGCUAGAAUAAACAACCUCGAGCAGGGAAUGAACACGAUCUCAACUGCCAUAGCCAACAUCAACACUCAAAUGGAGCAAAUCCAAAAGAAGUUGGAUGAGGAUAGGGCAAAGGCAGCUGCACGAGUGGAUGACAUCAACAAGAAGUGGGUGGCAAAGCAGAAAAAUGGGGACUGCCCAGCUGCCGGUGGAUUGCCACAACCGCUGCAGCGGCCCGCCGCACACCCCGCGGCGGGCCGCCACAGACAAGGCAGAAGCACCCACUCAGCAAGGACUCGUGCGGCAUAA